CGACGAAACGAUGGCCAGCUCUAAGCGCGGCGAGCGGCGCUCGUUCCUGUGCUUCCUCCGCCGCCUGCUUCCACGGUGCCCGCGCGCUCGUCCCCGUUUUCAACGCUCCUGGACGCCCGACUACACUGCAAAGGCGGGUGGCGAGGCCAUCCCGUACGUCCAAGGCGAAUCGAGCAGUGCUGGUACGUCGAAAGCCAAUCGAGCGGCGCUGGUACGAAACGGGUGGGUGCGCUUUGAGAACGCCCCGCCCUUCGCUGGCCGAGUUCUCAGUGUCCACGGAGCGAUGGUGUAUCGCGAGCUGGCUUGCGCCUAGAAUCGACCUUAAGCCUGGACGUCGAUGUCUGCCUCGUUGUGUGCCCUUGUCUAUUGCCGGUACGCCGUCUCGGGCUCCCUCCUCCCCAGGUCCUCCGUGUGUGUCUGCAUGUAUUGACGUGCCAGUACUCCUCGCGCGCCCUUUUUUUGCCUCUACCGGAAUGUAC